AUGGACAACAACUUCCGCUUACUUAAUCUAGCACUCGCACAUGACAAAAUUAUUGUGGAGGGGGGCAGUAUUGGGAAAUUGUCACCGUUCAUACUUACUGACACGAUGGAUGCGCGAGUUAAAGAUAAGACGACAAAUUAUAGUGCUGGAGUCAAGGAAGACGAUGACAAUGAUAUUACAAGAGGUAAAAUUGUGCAUAUUUCAUUUAACCGAAAAUCUGAUGAAGGUGCAUUUAAGGCGGUUGAACUUGAGGAUGCGGACUAA